CUGGAGACACUGGGCAAGCCCAAUCCGGAAUCUUACAACUCAUUGAACGUGUAUUCCGAAGCCAAGACGGCGAACGUGCUCACCGCGGCGGAGCUCUCGCGGCGGUCCAAUGGGCAGAUCAACGGGUACAGUCUGCAUCCCGGAAUAAUUCUCACGAACAUGAACGACAAGGAAGAAAUCAAAGUCAUCCAGAAGGAGCUCGGGAUCCUCCUCCCCGACGGCACACCCAACCUCGAUAUGAUGAAGUGGAAGACGAUUCCGCAGGGCGCCGCGACCACCGUCACCGCCGCGUUUGAUCCGCGGUUGGACAGUCUCCCCGGU